CUCCCGACAGAGCAAGCGAGUCCCAGAGGCGUCUGUGCGCGCGCGAUUCCUCUGACAAGAGCAGCGCACGAGCGCAGGAGCAGAAGACGGCAGCCGAAAAACAAACAAAACAAAACAAAACAAACAACAACAACAAAACAAAUCGGAGCGCCCUGACCGCGGAUUAACACCGGAACCGAACCGGAUUCUUUUGGGAAUUGUUUUUUGUUGUUGUUGUUGUUGUUGUUGGAGCAUGUAAACGGACAGACUCCGGUGGAAGAUGACAAACAGGCGCGCGGAGAGCGAGGACACGCGCACUGAACCGGAGCGGCGCUCGCGGAGUGCACCGAGGCCCCAGCUGUGCCCGCUGCUGCCAGAUGUGCCGUUAGCUUAGCAUAAACACACACAGAGACCGCGAGACUGUACCGGAUAUAGAUAUAGUUAGUGUGUGUGUUUAUGUGAUUGUCACUUUACACUCACACACUCUCUCACACAUUCUGACUGGAAACGCGAAAUCCGAUUAGCAUAACCGCUAGGCAGUUAGUCUGGCUAAUCACGGCUAGCUAAUUAGCAUAAGCGAAGGAAUCUGGUGUGUGUGCGCGCGCGUUUAGCGCUUAGCUCUUAGCUCUUAGCUGGCUAAUCACAGCUCGCUAGCUGGACAAUUCCUCAGAAUCCGAUUAGCUCGGCUAAUUAGACGAUUAGCUUAACUGUGGGAAGCUAGUGGGAGCUAAUCACAGUUAGCCAAUUAAGCUGUUAGCUGAAAGUCAGUCAGAGGAGCAGCUGAGGGGAAUUUAAUAAUAAUAAUAAUAAUAAUAAUAAUUACAAACUCAGAAGGUUUUAAUUAAAUAAAAAUAGUUUAGGUCGUGUCGCUAGUGAGUGAGGGAGUGAGUUAGCCGGUGGCUAGCUCCGGGUGAGCGGUGUGUGUGUGUGAGUGAGUGAGUGAGUGAGCGGGCUGCACUGAGCGCGCAGGCCGAUGAGGAGAGCCCAAACCCGGGCACGGGCCACGGCGUCGCUCCGCAGGCAUGCAGCAGCCCGGAUACGACUUCUCCAGCGAGGAGAACAGCUCCAAGUGGAGAGGCCUGUUCGUGCAGGCGCUCAGGAAGGUGCAGUUACAGGUGCAUCCGAACCUGUCGGCUAAUGAAGAUGCUCUGCAGCACAUCGAGGAGCUCAUACUGCAGCUGCUCAACAUGCUGUGCGUCAGUCAGCCCAGAACCGUCCCCGACGUGGAGGAGCGCAUCCAGAAGACGUUUCCGUACCCUAUAGAUAAGUGGGCCAUGGCCGACGCUCAGUCAGCUAUAGAGAAGCGCAAGCGCAGGAACCCUCUCCUACUUCCUGUGGACAAGAUCCACCCUUUACUGAAGGAGGUGUUGGGGUAUAAGAUCGACUACCACGUGUCUCUGUACAUCGUGGCCGUGUUGGAGUACAUCUCCGCCGACAUCCUCAAACUGGCCGGGAACUACGUGGGAAACAUCCGGCACUUUGAGAUCAGCCAGCAGGACAUCAAAGUCUCCAUGUGUGCAGAUAAGGUGCUGAUGGACAUGUUUGAUCAGGAGGAGGUGGGUUUGGUGUCUCAGUGUGCAGAGGAAGACUCGACCACAGGUGAGCUCACCUACGAUGACCUGGUGCGGUUGGAGAUGGCGGAGGAGCGGCAGUACCUGCGCGAGCUCGACCUCAUCAUUAAAGUGUUCCGCAGAGCCUUCCUGUCCAGCAGCAAACUCUUCACUCCACAGGAUGUGGAGCUGGUGUUCAGUAAUAUUCUGGAGGUUCAUGAGCUGACAGUGAAGUUAUUGGGUCUGAUUGAAGACGCAGUGGAGAUGACAGAAGACGGGAGUCCUCACCCUCUAGUGGGCAGCUGCUUCGAAGACCUCGCAGAGGAACAAGCCUUUGACCCCUACGAGACUCUCUCCCAGGACAUUCUCUCCAAAGAGUUCCACGAUCACUUCAGUAACCUCAUGUCCCGCCUCACUGUGGCUCUGCACUUCCAGUCGAUUGCCGAGGGUUUUAAGGAGGCCGUGCAGUAUGUUCUUCCCCAACUGAUGAUGAUUCCUGUUUAUCACUGCAUGCACUACUUUGAACUGCUGCAGCAACUGCAGGAGCGGAGUAAAGACCACGAUGACCGGGAGCAUCUGAAACAGGCUCAGACGGCUCUGCUGAACCUGCAGAGCAGCAUCGAGCGCAUCUACAGCAAACACCAGCCCCGCCGCAAACCGGGUGAGCCUCUGUAUCGUCUGUACAGCCGACCGGUUCGCAGUAAACACCUGGCCAUAAAGCGCAUGAAUGAGAUCCAGAGGAGCAUCGACGGCUGGGAGGGCAGAGACAUCGGUCAGUGCUGCAGCCAGUUCAUCCUGGAGGGGCCGCUGGUACGCGCCGGCGCCAAGCACGAACGCCACAACUUCCUGUUCGACGGCCUGAUGAUCAGCUGCAAGGCCAAUCAGAGCUCCCGACUGCCGGGGGCGGAGUUCCGGCUGAAGGAGAAGUUUGUGCUGCGUAAGUACCGCGUGGUGGACCGCGAGGACUCACCGGAGCUGCGCUUCGCCUUCGAGCUGUUGGGGCGCGAGGAGGGCGGGGCCGUGUUCUGCGCGCGCUCGGCUGAGGAGAAGAACGCGUGGAUGGCGGCGCUCCUGAUGCUGCAGUGUCGCUGUACGCUGGAGCGCAUGCUGGACGCCGAGCUGCAGAAGGAGGAGCAGGAGCAGCCGCUGCGUCUGCCGUCUCCCGACGUGUACCGCUUCACCGUGCGUGUCGAGGAGAACAUCGUGUUUGAGGAACGCAUGCAGAGCAAAACCGGCAUCCCCAUCAUCAAAGCGGGAACCGUGGACAAGCUCAUCGAGAGACUCACCUACCACAUGUACGCAGAUCCGAAUUUUGUGCGCACUUUCUUGACGACGUAUCGUUCCUUCUGCAAACCACAGGACCUCCUCACACUGCUCAUCGAAAGGUUUGAGAUUCCUGAGCCUGAGCAAUCAGAGGCGGAGCUUGAGUCGAUGUGGAACGGGGAUCAGCCAAUGGCAGCCGAGCUCCAGAGAUUCCGCAGAGAAUACGUGCAACCUGUCCAGCUCAGGGUUCUAAAUGUGUUCCGUCAGUGGGUGGAGCAUCAUUUCUACGACUUUGAGAAUGAUCCGGAACUACGCACCAGACUGGAGGACUACAUCACCAACCCACUGCAGCUCAGAGGGAAGUCCAUGCGUAAGUGGGUGGAGUCCAUCAAUAAGAUCAUUAAGCGUAAGAUGCAGACGCAGCCGAAUGGCAUCAGUCAUAACAUCACCUUCGAGACUCCGCCCCCUCCCAUCGAGUGGCACAUCAGCCGGCCCGGCCAGGUCGACACCUUUGACCUCAUGACCCUUCACCCCAUCGAGAUUGCACGCCAGCUCACGCUGCUGGAGUCGGACCUGUACAGGGCUGUGCGUCCGUCCGAGUUAGUGGGCAGUGUGUGGACUAAAGAGGAUAAGGAGAAGAACUCUCCCAACCUGCUGAGGAUGAUCCGACACACCACCAACCUCACACUCUGGUUCGAGAAGUGUGUGGUCGAGGCGGAGAAUAUGGAGGAGCGGGUGGCGGUGAUGAUGAGGGUAAUUGAGAUCCUGCAGGUUUUCCAGGAGCUCAACAACUUUAACGGGGUUUUAGAGAUCGUUAGCGCCAUCAACUCCGUACCUGUGUACCGUCUGGAGCACACCUUUGAGGCUGUGCCAGAGAGGAAGAAGAAGUUUCUGGAGGAGGCAGUGGAGCUCAGUCAGGAUCAUUUUAAAAAGUACCUGGCCAAACUCAAAUCCAUCAACCCGCCCUGCGUGCCGUUCUUCGGUAUCUACCUGACCAACAUCCUGAAAACGGAGGAGGGGAAUCCGGACUUCCUGAAGCGUCACGGUAAAGAGCUGAUCAACUUCAGCAAGAGACGCAAAGUGGCCGAGAUCACCGGCGAGAUCCAGCAGUACCAGAACCAGCCGUACUGUCUGCGGGUCGAACACGAUAUCAGGAGGUUCUUUGAGAACCUGAACCCCAUGGGCAGUAUGACUGAGAAGGAGUUCACCGAUUAUCUGUUUAAUAAAUCUCUGGAGAUCGAGCCGCGCAACAGCAAGCAGCCUCCACGAUUCCCCAGGAAGACAGCGUACCCGCUGAAGUCCCCGGGGGUGCGUCCGGUGAGACAGGUGGGCGUCGGGGGUGGGAGUCGGGGUCACCCCGCGCCGUUAGAGCGUGACCCGCUGCCCAAAAUCACCUUCAGGAGCAUUGCGGAGACCGAGACGGAGAGCAUGACCUCACUGCCCACUUCCCCCAACACGCCCACCCAGACGCCCCCGCCCUCCGCCUGCUCCGACCUCAACUCCGUCUUCAUGGAGCACGACACCUGCGGUAACAGUAUUUUUGCUCCUGUCCUGCUGCCUCCCUCCAAGUUUCACUCAGUGUCCUGUGGCAGUCUGCAUCAGCUGGGUGAAAACCAUGAGCUUCUGAAACCUCCACCACUGCCUCCCCGCAGGAAGGAUACGUCCUCAGAGAGCAAGUUGAGCUCCAGAUCGGACAGUCCACCGGCGAUCCCUCCUCGGCUGAGAACUCCUCUUCCUUUCCCUUCUGUUCCUCGUUUUGGGCGUGGAUUCAGCGAGCAGACGGACGGUUCUUCGAGCCCGCCGCCCCCUCCGCCCCCCCGCGACCCCAUCCCGGACGUGAUGCCCCCCGUACCCCAGCGCCCCCCCGAGAGCUUCAUCAACUGCCCCAUGAACCCCGCCGUGUCUCCGGUGGGACGCAUUCACUGGGACUACUGCAGCUCGCCGUCGUCCCCCUGCACCCCGCCCGGCACGCCCUCCCCCCGCCUCCCGCUGCCCGCCCCGGGCACCCCGUCCCCCCGCGUCCCCCGCCGCCUCUGCCCCUCCCCCGGCCCCCCCGCGCCCAGCCUGUGCCACCUGCCCCCUCCUAUUCCCCCCAGACACAACUCCACGCCCCCCACCCUGCCCAAACUGCCCCCAAAGACUUACAAGCGAGAGCUGUCUCACCCCACGCACACACUCUCCCCGCCCUCCAUACACACGCUGUCCGACAGCAGCCAGUGAGCAUGAGCCUUCACGCCGUUCCUGCGACAAGAGGGGCGGAGCUAUUCCAGUAUUCUGGUAUUAAAGAGAUACCUUUUUUUUUUCACAUCUUUGUGAUUGGAUGGACAGAUUAACUAAGCUCCGCCCACUCUGGCCCAGGGACAGUUGCUUGAGGACGUGCGGUGUGUGUGUGUGUGUGUGUGAUUUUUGUAAACACUGUUCACUAACCAAGCCCAUUUUUAUAACAAACACAACUCUCUGAGCUCGUCAUCGGCGCUGUCCGGGUCGACGCUGAUGUCACACCGGCCGCUGAUGUCACAGGGAGCCUGGACAGUGAUUGGACGUUGGAGAUGUAGGACUCUCUCUGCUGUUCUUCACCACGGCCAAAGUCUUAACCGUGUACUCGGGGAGGUCAGAGGUCAAAGGUGACCGACCCCUGUACCAAGCCUCUCUUACGCUGCCUUUUACUUUACUUACAGCCAUGACCUUUGACCUGAGACUGUGACAGCCAUGACCUUUUGACCCUUUUGCUCGGACGGAUCGGCUCGGAGCGUCACGCGGCUGAACUGCGUCUUUAUUUAAAGCCAUUACAACGCCAAGAUGAUGUCUUAACAACCCAAACUGUACAUUUCCCAUAAUGCAACUCUUCAGCGAUCCCCCGUCGCGAAUGUGAGCGCAUUGUGAGGAGGCGGAGCUUGUUCUCAUGGCCCGAUGAUGAUGAUGAUGAUGACAUCAGACGUGCCUUUUACACUGUUACCGAACAAAAGUGACUUUCUAAAGCCUUCAACAUGCUCAGAACAAAGUGUACACUACGGCUAAGAGUGUGUGUGUGUGUGUGUGUGUGUGUGUGUGUGUGUGUGUGUGUUCUGUACAGUGAUCUUUCUGCUCUCGUGUCGUCGCUCAGCGCUACACAAACCCAAAAACACAACACGCCUUAAUAACACACUCGCUGACAAUCGUAGCAUUAGCCGCUCUCUCUCUCUCUCUCUCUCUUUCUCUCUCUGUUUCUCUCUCUCUCACUCACACUCUCUCUCUCUCUCUCUCUCUCUCUCUCUACGUACACACACACACACACACACACACACGUUACACAGCCAUCCACACCUUUUACGCAGUUAAGCAUUAAUCUCAACGAAAGCGGUUUCCAUCAUAUCCUGCUGUUAACCACACAUGGGCUGUGUCCCAAACCGCACACUAGUACACUAGAUACUAUGCCAAACUGGUAUUCCUUACAGACGCACACCGUAAUUUUAGGAUCACACUAUUUAUUAUCCUAUUUAUGCAGUUUGGGACACAGCCGUGGAAAUGAUGGGCUACGUCCCAAACCGCAUACUCUUGUACUAAACAGUGCGCUGAAAGAGGUACAUACUCCAUAGCAAGAAAGAUUAUAGUCACACUAGUAGCUCCUGCCUGUGGCUGUGUCCCAAACCACAUAGUAGUGUGCUAAACACAUUUUAAAAGUGACAUACUAUUUUAACAUACGAUUUAGUGUACUGUUUAUAAGGUUUGGGACACGACCGUAGAAAAACUAAAUCAUACUUCAUCAACUCAGUCACCGGUUUUGUCCCAAAUCACUACUAGUGCACUAAAUAGUUGCCAAAGAUGGAAUUUACGUUUGACACACUAUCUAGUGCACUACAGUCACGGAGAGAUUGGAACACGCCCUCGCUAUUCAUGCUUUAUAAACACGGUCAUGUGUCACGUCCCAAUUCACAGGCUAGUGUGCUAGAUAGCUACCAAAGGAGUGCACUAUUUUAGUGUACUGUACAGUGAUGCUCAUAAUUAACAUAAGAACAGGUGGCUGGAUGGAAACACACACACACACACACACACACACACACUUCCGCCUGUUACAGAGGAGAGCGCUGAUGGGCCGACACGCUGUGUGUGUGUGUGUGUGUGUGUGUGUGUGUGUGUGUGUGUGAUGAUGAUGAGGAUGAUGAAGAUGAUUUGGGGCCUUGUUUUAUUUCUCUUUUAUUUGCACUUUAGGGCCGUACUGUUAAGGAGGCGCCCUCAGGUCACAUGACCCGCACCCCGCCUCUCGCCCACAAUCGUCCCUGCAGUCCGGCUGUGUCCCAAACGCCUCGCUAGUGCCUAGUGCCACUCCCUGCGCCCUGCAUGCUCACUCCCCACGCAGCACACACGUACAAUCAGAGCUCCGACACACUGAAGUGUUCAUGUCGAUAAUCUCCACCUCCCUACCUAGUGCACACUUCCUGCCUAGUGCCCUAACCAGCUUGCAUGCUAAUUGUGUAAACCCCGCCCACUCCCAUUUCCUGUCUAGUGCCCUAACUCUUAACCAGCCUGCAUGCUUACUGCACAGUGCCUCCUGUGAGCUAGUGCCCUUAUUCAGGGUGAUUUGGGACACAGCCGGACUCCCUUCCUCACACAGGGGAGAGAACGAGGGCCGUGUUUCAUUCUCCCUCAGACAUCAAGUCCCCUAGAUUUAUUCUUUUUGUUUGUUUUAGAUUGGGCCCUUGAGUGGUCCAUUAAUGAUGUCACAUCCUGUUAUGUUUGAUCUCGUGCCCUGUGUGUGUGUGUGUGUGUGUGUGUGUGUGUGUGAGGCGUUUAGGGGGCGUGGCCUGUAUCCUGUUCUCUGUGGGACUCAUUAAUAAACAGCCAGUCUUAUUUUGUACAGAAUGUGCUGGAAUCUUUUCACCUGUUUAUUUUCUCACGUUUCAGCUCACGUGGCGUUUCCACGGCGAGAGGGUCACGUGACACACGCAGAAGUGUAGGAAGGAAUGUAAAGAACAACUCGGGGCAGAGAGACGAGGAAGCGUGUCAGGGUAUUAAAAAAAAAAAAAGAAAGAAAAUGAAGCAUGUUGGGAUUAAAAAAAGAAAAAAAAAUUAAACUGUGAAAAUCAAAAGAUAAAAUGAAGUCACAAGAACAAAGAAAAACACAAAAGUAUGGAAGGAUAGAAGAGA